GAGUCAAGCGGGUUCAAAACCAGAUUGUGAGUCUGAACUGAAGACACCUUGUGCGACUUUUUUUUUUCUUCUUUCAUUCUCUAAAGACAUGGGGGAAUGAUAUUUAUUGCACAUUGAUGCAGUGGACGCCAACGACGGAAGCCGUGGUUUUUUUUUCAAAGGCAUUGCUUCCAUUGGAAAGCACUAGUUUCCAAAACAGCCAUGAAACCUCCUGGAAAUGAAGAGAAUCAGCGGCUGGGCACACUGCUGCUCGACACCCUUGCGAGAGAGAUGCGUCUUUGGAGAGCACCAGUCCUUAAGAACGGUUGCAUUCAGGGUUCAGAUAUCAGCCCGCCUCAGUACCACGAGGUGAUCGUGUGGUUGCGUGAAGUGAGCAGCCUAUUCCAGUUCUCCUCCGAGACCUUUGCUUUGGGAGUCUGUGUUCUUAACAGCCUGCUCGCAGCAGUCAAGACUCAGCUGAAAUACUUCAAAUGCAUGGCCAUCACCUCUCUGAUCCUUGCUGCAAAGAUUAACGAGGAAGAUGAGGUGAUUGCAUCGGUUAAAGACCUGCUGGAGCAAAGCGGCUGCAAGUUCUCAACAGCUGAGAUUCUUCGCAUGGAGCGAGUCAUAUUGAACAAGCUGCACUGGGACCUUUACAUCGCCACACCGAUGGAUUUCAUUCACAUCGUGAGUCGCAGCUGAUGUGUCAGCAGAACUCUUUUAAUGUUGCAAGAACUGGCUUGUGGUCCUUGACGUUAUGCAUGUGAAAAUCUGCGACCUCCUUUAGGACGAUACGAGUUGCAUGCGGUGUGUAUCCGGCCAAGGCACUAAUCUGGCUUGUACUUUAGAAGUAAAGCAGAUAGAUAACCCUGCAAAACAUCUCCAAUACAAAUAUUCUCUCAGAAAUAGGAUUUAUCUUCAUGGUGGGGUUCAGUUCUUUGCACAAGUUAGUGUGACAGAGACACGGUCGAGGGGUGCGUUUCCCAAAAGCGUCGUUAGCUAAUUGAAUUCUGUGAACUUGCGAGAAUAUUGCUUUUGGGAAACGCUCCCCAGAUUAAUGAGAGCAACAGUUAACAAAUGGAGAGCGAUUGCUAUUUUGGCACACCACGGACAGUCAUAAAAUAGCCAUUAGAAGUGAAACGAGACCCUGUUAAAAAAACGAUCCUGAUGCUUAAAAAAAAAAAAAAAAAAAAAUCUUGAAAAUUAAAUUAAUAUAUGGGAGAAACUCAUGAAACAUGGGUAUUUUUCACCCCAAAUCAAACUGAUAAAUAUAUUUUGGAUAAAGCAAACAAAGCCUGUUUUAGGACCGUUAAUA